AUGUGGACACUCAUACAUUUAUAUGAACCUCCAGAUGCAAAAACCCCAGAUUUAAUUCCAAAUGCAUGGAUAAUCGAUAAUGAUACAUGUUGGUACCCUAUGUCAUUUCGAUUAUCUAAGAUAAAAUCUCUUGCUAGAGAAAAAGUAAAACCAAAUACAGAUGAUUGGGAAAAAUUUAAAAUUGAAAUAGUUGAGAGCAACAUAGAUAAUUAUGAUUACGGUAUAAAACUUAUGUAUAAAUUGUUGAAAAACAAAAGUAAAAAAAAUUUACACUCUGAUGCUGAAUUGAAAGGACGUGGAAUGAGAAAAAAAGAUUAUCUGCAAAUAAAUACAAGUACACCAUUUGAUAAUCAUCAAUUAAUUGAUGUUGAUUUUGAGACUCCUCAUAUUGCAUUACAUAAUAACUCUGACUUUAUGAAGUUCAAAUCAAACAUGAAUUACUUAAAACUGGAAUUAACUUCAUUCAUUGAAAAUAAAGAGGCUUCAACACUUCAAAAUAAUACAUUCAAUCAGGAAAAAACUGAUGAUGUUUUAUCAACAUUCCCAAUUAAUGAUGAAGAAAAACUUUUGACUCUAGAAUCGAAGCUUGCAUCUUAUGACCUUGGAUAUAAUGAUAAAUUGUUGUCAGCAUUUAUGUUUGCUUCUGAAGGGAAAUCAAUUUCCAAAGUAACCAAUAGCUUAUUGAAAACAAUAUUUACUGAUAAAUUUGCAUCUGCCUAUAGCUGGAAAGGUCAAAAAGAAAAAAAGAAAUUAGAAAAUUAUAAAAUUUUCAAAGUUAUUAUAAACUGUGUUGGUAUAAAAUUUCCUAAUUCAGCAAACUACAAGAUGGAUGUUAUUGCAAGUGUAAUGAAUUGGUUUGCCCAAGCACCUACCAGAAUUCUUAGAUAUGCCAGCCACAGACUACAACCAUCAUCAUUUGAUGAAGAUGAUACUACGUAA